CGGACUCCGGAGGAAGCCGUUACUGAUUUUAAGUCUGCUCAGACUUGGAGCUACAAGAUAUUCUCCAGAGAUUCCUACUCUUUUGGCAAGGAUGCCCUUUCUCUUCUGCCCUUCGAAAUAACAGCGGCCUAGAUGGUGCCCGUGACCACGGAGGAUGGCAGCGUCGCAAGUUGAUUACGUUACUCCCAAAGUACCAAGGCACUGCGCGUGCGCAAAGUUGCUGUCAAACGGGCUGACGGCGGCCGGGGAGGAAGAAAAGGCGGGAGCGGCCAAUCCCGGGGGGAGCAAAAUGGCGCGGGACGAUGAGAUGCAGGAGUUCACGCGCAGCUUCUUCAGGGGCCGCCCUGACCUCAGCACGCUCACGCACUCCAUCGUACGGCAGAAGUUCUUGGCUCACGCGGGCCGCGCUCACCUAGAACCCGAGGAGAAGCAGGCCCUGAAGCGGCUGGUGGAGGAGCAGCUGCUGCAGAUGCAGGUGGAGGAAGCUGGUACCAGGGAAGAGAAGCUAGACCUUACCAAGAAGGUGAAGAGGUCUCCCACCGUCUGUGGUGACCCAGCAAGAAAAAGGUUCCGCUUCAAUUCAGAGUCAGAGCACAGCUCUGCAGCCUCCAGUCCAGACCACUGGGCAUCUCCACCAAAGAACAGGAAAGCAGCAGCAGUAAGUCCAGCCAAGGAGGAGAGUCCAAGGCAAGCAUCAAAGAAAGCAGUUGAGAGCAGCAAUGAAGAACAGCAAAGGGACCUGAAUGCAAAGAUGGAAUUAGAGGAGGGGAGAGAGGAGGAGGGGAAGGGCUCUCUCAGAACAAGUAAGACGUGGAAGGAAGAGAACAGUGAGGAAGGAGAGGAAAAAGAACACAAGGACAGGACUAGGAAGGAACCUGGGACCAAGAAAAAGCAGGCACCAGGCAAGGCCUCAGGCUGUAUGAAGCAGGCCAGGGAAGAAAGUGAGGACAGUGAGGAAGAACCUAUCCAAAGAGCAAAGGAAGUAGGGGGAAACAGAGGCACGAAAAGCUACCAGGAGAGUGAAAAGGAGAGUGAGGAGGAGAUCUUAGUCAAGAAGAAAGAGAACAGAGAGGAGGAAGAGGAAGAUUGGAAGCCCAUAGUCAAGAGCAACAAGGAAAGGUCAGGUUGGACAGAGAGGAGUUAUAAGCAGAAAAGCAAGGUGGAGAGUCUAAUGGGAGACUUGGGGGACAGUGAGGAAGAAGAGAAAGAGGAGGUAGGCAGUGGGGAUAACACCGAGGAAGAUGAAGAGCCCCCAGUGCAGAGGAAGAGCAAGGAUGUGACCCAAUGUAAGGGUGGGAAAAGGCAGAGAGGAAUUAGUGAAGAUGAAGACAGUGGGAAGCUGCAAGCAACUGUUAAAGGCACUGCGAAGACAGCCAAACUGGACAGCAUCAAUGGUGAAGACAGUGACAUGGAGAGAGAGGUGAGUGACAGCGAGGCAGAAGGGAAUCCCAAGGAGGAAAGGAAGAACCGAUCUUCCAAGAGCUCCAAGAAAGGCAGAACACGAAACUCCUCAUCCUCCUCAGAUGGAAGCCCAGAGCCCAAAGGCAGAAAGGCUGGCUCUGAUCGUCGAGGAGAGGAUCACCCGGCAGUGAUGAGGUUAAAGCGCUAUAUUCGUGCCUGUGGUGCCCACCGAAACUACAAGAAGCUCCUGGGCUCCUGUCGCUCACACAAGGAGCGCCUGAGUGUCCUCAGAGCUGAGCUGGAAGCCCUGGGCAUGAAGGGGAACCCUUCCUUAGAGAAGUGCAGAGCACUGAAGGAAGAGCGGGAAGAGGCGGCUGAGGUGGCCUCCCUAGAUGUGGCAAACAUCAUCAGUGGUUCAGGACGGCCACGAAGACGCACUGCCUGGAACCCUUCAGGAGAAGCAGCUCUCUCAGGAGAGCUGUACUGCAGGACCCUAGACUCUGAGGAAGAGCGGCCCCGUCAGGCACCCCCCGACUGGUCCCAUAUGCGUGGCAUCAUCAGCAGUGACUGUGAAAGUAACUGAGCUCCCUGACAUCCCAGGAGUGUCCUUCCACCUGUACAAAGCUUAUAGCCUUGCUCUUAGCCUGCAGAGUGGAAGCAGCUUUCUUUAGAGAAGGGUGAAGCCCCCAAGGACAUAAGCUGCUCAACUACACAUUCUUCACUACAUGUUCUUCAAGGUGUCCACAGGGGUUUAUUUUUUAAGACUCAAUAAAGGAAUGUUUGCAAUCAUUAUCAGAACAAGUCCCCC